GGGCAGGGGGUGGGGGGGGGGCGCGGAGCCGGGCUCCGGGCCGGCCGGGCUCCGCGCCUGUCAAACCCCUCAUUGUUCGCAGCUGAUGUCACUCGCAGUUGUGAGCGGCCGCCUCUCCCGGGGACAAUGUGGGACUGAGCGGCCCAGCCGCCGCGCCGCCACCGCCGCAGGACAGCCCCAGCGAGGGCCAAUCGACAACGGUCCCCUCUUCCAAGAGGUCAGAGCCGGCCAGGCCACAGCGUGGACGCACUCCCAGGCGGCCUCGGCCCCAGCCCCGCCUGACAGGAUGAGCGGCUCAGAUGCGGGGCUGGAGGAGGAGCCAGAGCUCAGCAUCACCCUCACACUGCGGAUGCUGAUGCAUGGGAAAGAAGUGGGCAGCAUAAUUGGGAAGAAAGGAGAGACUGUAAAGCGAAUCCGGGAACAGAGUAGCGCCCGGAUCACCAUCUCUGAGGGCUCCUGCCCUGAGCGCAUCACCACCAUCACCGGAUCUACAGCAGCCGUCUUCCAUGCAGUCUCCAUGAUUGCCUUCAAGCUGGAUGAGGACCUCUGUGCUGCUCCUGCAAACGGGGGAAAUGUCUCCAGACCUCCAGUGACCCUGCGCCUUGUCAUCCCUGCAAGCCAGUGUGGCUCGCUGAUUGGGAAGGCUGGCACCAAGAUCAAGGAGAUCCGAGAGACUACAGGUGCCCAGGUGCAGGUGGCAGGGGACCUGCUCCCCAACUCCACAGAGCGUGCUGUCACCGUCUCUGGGGUGCCUGAUGCCAUCAUCUUGUGUGUGCGCCAGAUCUGUGCUGUCAUCCUGGAGUCCCCACCCAAAGGAGCCACUAUCCCAUAUCAUCCAAGCCUCUCCUUAGGUACUGUCCUUCUCUCCACCAACCAGGGCUUCUCCGUCCAGGGUCAGUAUGGGGCUGUGACCUCAGCUGAGGUCACCAAGCUCCAGCAGCUCUCGGGCCACGCAGUCCCCUUCGCCUCGCCCAGCAUGGUGCCAGCAGGAUUGGAUCCUGGCACACAGACCAGCUCACAGGAGUUCUUGGUUCCCAACGACCUGAUUGGCUGCGUGAUUGGGCGCCAGGGCAGCAAGAUCAGUGAGAUCCGGCAGAUGUCAGGGGCACAUAUCAAGAUCGGGAACCAAGCAGAGGGCGCUGGUGAGCGGCACGUGACCAUCACUGGUUCACCAGUGUCCAUCGCCCUGGCCCAGUACCUCAUCACUGCCUGUCUAGAAACGGCCAAGUCUACCUCUGGGGGGACACCCGGCUCGGCCCCCACAGACCUGCCUGCCCCCUUCUCGCCACCCCUGACGGCCCUGCCCACCGCUCCCCCAGGCCUGCUGGGCACGCCCUAUGCCAUCUCCCUCUCCAACUUCAUCGGCCUCAAGCCUGUACCCUUCUUGGCUCUACCACCUGCCUCCCCAGGGCCACCGCCGGGCUUGGCGGCCUACACUGCCAAGAUGGCAGCGGCCAAUGGGAGCAAGAAAGCUGAGCGGCAGAAAUUCUCCCCCUACUGAGGCCAGCUGAGGCACAGGCACGGGAGCAGGCAGGACUGCCGGCAGGGGGCUGCCUCCACUCUCUGCCCAAGGAGACUCCACCCCGGGGGGGGGGGGGGGCGGUCCCAAACGCCGCUAAUGCCCAGACGCAUGGAUGCACCCCCCCACCCUGCCCCGGUCUGUGGGAGUCCCUGCUCUCGGAGUGGGGGCUGUUUUUGGCCCAGGGUUCUGGGAGCUGCAGCAGCCCCAGGGUAGGGGUCUUGAUCCCCUCUAGCUCUGUGCUUGGAUGCAGGGAGCAUCCUAAGUGCCCCCACUUUGCGGGGGUCACUCAUGCACUCCCCAUCCCUCAGGGCUUCCCUGCCUCCUGUCCCCCUGUGGGGAUCAGGGAGGAGGCCUGGGGACGGCUGGGGGCCAUGCUUCUCUCCCCACCUCCCUGCAGAUUCCUGCUGCUUCCACUGAUACCCUUUUGACUGGAAUGGACUGGCUGGGCUUGGCAGAGGGCAGCCCAAAGAGGGGGCACUGCCAGGCAGCUGGGGGAGUGGCAUGGGGGCAGGGGCCGAGUUCUCAGCAGCAGACACUCUGUACAGUUUUUUCAAUUCCUGUUUUUGAAUAAAUAUUCUGAGAGACCAGGAA